GCAUCACAAAGUGAAACAAGAAUGAGUUAGCUUGAACCACACGUUCUUCUUCUGAGAAAGAAAGAAACUUUUUUUUUUUACAAAUCCACAAGAGAAAGAAAAAACAGAAAAUAAUGCAAACUGAUUUGGCUAAGAGAAUGGAAAUUGUGAAGUCGAGGUUCAAGAGGGUUUGUGUCUUCUGCGGAAGCAGCAGCGGAAACAGAGACUGUUACAGAGAUGCCGCUAUUGAUCUAGCUCAAGAGCUGGUUGCCAGGAGAUUGAAUCUUGUGUACGGAGGAGGAAGCAUUGGUCUUAUGGGUUUGGUCUCACAAGCUGUUCAUGAAGCUGGAGGACAUGUACUAGGGGUCAUACCAAGGACUCUUAUGGAUAAAGAGAUAACCGGAGAAACAUUUGGUGAGGUAAGACCAGUGGCUGAUAUGCAUGAAAGAAAAGCAGAAAUGGCAAGCCACUCCGAUUGUUUCAUUGCAUUACCAGGUGGGUAUGGAACAUUGGAGGAGUUAUUGGAAGUAAUAGCAUGGGCACAACUUGGAAUCCACGACAAGCCUGUGGGUUUGUUAAAUGUGGAUGGUUAUUACAAUUACCUCCUCACUUUCAUAGAUAAAGCCGUUGAUGACGGCUUUAUAAAGCCAUCUCAGCGUCACAUCUUUGUCUCUGCUCCUAAUGCCAAAGAGCUUGUCCAAAAACUUGAGGCAUAUGAGCCUGUGAGUGAUGGAGUCAUAGCAAAAUCUAAAAUCUAAGUGGGAGGCUGAGAAGAAAGUGCACCAGCCUCAACAACAACAACAAGUAGUGUUCUGUUCUAACACAAGCAUGCAGACAGAGAUUGCUCUUUAGACUUUUACUAGGACUCUUGUCGUCUAAGAAUUUAAAAUCUAGGGCUUAAAUUAUGAGAAACGUAAAUAGUAAGUUGGUUAUUCCUGUCUUCCCGUAGUUUCUCGAGUAGAACAAGUGAACUCUUUCUCAUCGAUCCGGCCGUUUCCUUCUUAAUCAUCUUUGCACUCCAAAACCAGCAGCAUUUCUCUUCUUCCAAAGAUUUAUGACAAUGCUGAAUAUAUCAACAGAGACAACACUUAGUAUUGUUUAAUAUGGGAUCUGGUCUCGUGUUGAAUGGCAAUGCUAUUUCUUUCU